AUGCUGUGUGCCGUUCUCAAGUAUCUCUGGCGUCUUCAUUGCGGGACGCUCGCCUGGCGACGUGCAGCGGCCACGCCGCGAAUGAGCGUCCCGCAACGAAGACGCUUCAAGAGCUCGCCAGAACAACGCUGCUUGGAUAUCAGGUACGAUCCUCAGGUCUGUGAACAUUUUCAAAGAAUGUCUGGAGAAAUCUUCGUCUGGUUCCCAAUACUGCCUUCUUCUCAGUGUUUGCUGUGCCCGCUCCCUGCUAGCAGUGAGCAUCUUGAGAUGGAAACUAUGCGACAUACCUCUUCAUGGAAAUCUGACGAGAGCAGUGUCGACUCAAGCGGCCCCACCGCAGAUGAAUCUGUUUCAACAGCUAAGACAUGUAGCAGCAGUCAUCGACAUAGAGUUUCUGGCUAUAAAGAUUAUACAAAUUCAGGUGAAAUGACUGAGAAUAGAGUUUCGUCAUCUACAGUACACUAUGGAACAGUGAUCAAUUCACGAUAUCGCAGAGGACACUAUAACUCGUACGAUCAUAGUCGUCGAUCAAGACAUCGAAACAAUGACGUAGAGGUGUAUCGUAUACAACAGCAACCAGCACAAUAUGACAACUUAAUGCAUCCCCAUUCAGUUAACGGAUUGCUAAGACAGCAUUCAUGGUCCGGUAGUAAUGUGUCACUGGGCUCCAAUCGGUCGCGGUCGUCUACGAAACGUGAUCAUAGGUCGUCAGGAAGCAAUAGGCAUGGCGAUGAUAGUGAGAGUACUCAUCUACACCCAAGUGCCUCAUUUUCCGUGCACUCGAAGCUUGAAGAGUUUGAUGACAAUAGUGAGAACAAUGUAACGUAUGUGGCGGCUGGCACAGCUCCUGUAUCUCAAUUUCGUGGCAGUUCAUGCGGUGCCGCAUCCAGCGUUCACUCGACUGCAGUGCCGAUCACCACCUAUGCGGCACCGGUGAUGUCUGCAAGUGUAGGGCCGCUGCCAGCCUAUCCAGCUGCUCUGAAUCUGCCAAUCGAACAAUGUGAUCUGCGGCAUUUCGAUCAGGGAAUGCCUUUAGUGGGCAGUGCGGACGAGCUAUCUUCGUCGUCACAAUCAAUAUUCAAUCAGAAAACCACAUCGUCAGCUAGGCGAAAUAAAGAUGCGGCAGUUCUAGGGAAGAAAGAUAUGCAAAAUUUCGGCGCUCAUCAACUUUGCAAUUCUUCGCACUCUUCGGCGGCAUACUUCCGACAUCAGCUGGAAAACGAUCGCACUGCGUUAACGUUGUUAAGCAUGAUCUCAGCACUGCAGCAACGACAAGCGGCUGGAAUCGGCAGAUACUUACCAGAUUUGGACGGGAAGGAAAACGAAGGAGUCGAGUUGUCGCCAGCACAACAACAAGAACUGCAACAGCUCACCGCUGCACAAAUUGCUGGCUUAUUAGGAACCGCAAAUGAUGUGGAGAAUGCACAGAGAUCACAACAUAAACAGGAAGUAAUCCCGUUAAUUUUACCGAAGAGAUAUGAAUGUGAAGUCUUGCUCGAAGCUUGUGACGUCAGAUGGCAUUAA